AUGUCAUCGAAGCACACCUACAAGCCCACAGGGCCCUUCGCUCCUCAAUACAUCCAGGGCGUCUAUGCUCCUUCGGCAAUCUUGAUCGUCGGAGCUGCCCUGGUCAACAAGAGCUUGGUGCCUGUUGCCAUUGCCAUUGCUGCUGCUUUGGCUGGCUACCAGUUCUUCAACAACCAGGUCAAGAAGGUCCUUGAUCCCACCACUUUCCAGCAAUUCCCCUUGACCGAAAAGAUUGUCCUCUCGCACAACACUGCCAUCUACCGCUUCGGUCUCCCGAGCCCCACCUCUAUCCUCGGUCUGCCCAUUGGCCAGCACAUCUCCCUCGCUGCCACCCUGCCCGUCAAGGACCCCAAGACUGAGGUCGUCUCCAACAAGGAGAUUCUGCGUUCCUACACUCCCAUCACCGAUGACACUACUUCCGGCCACUUCGAUGUCCUCAUCAAGGCCUACCCCACUGGCAACAUCAGCAAACACGUCGCUGAGAUGAAGAUUGGUGACACCAUCAAGGUCAAGGGUCCCAAGGGUGCCAUGGCUUACCAGCCCAACAUGGUCAGCCGCUUCGCUAUGAUCGCUGGUGGUACCGGUAUCACUCCCAUGUACCAGAUUUCCAAGGCUAUUCUCCGUGGUCGUGCCUCAGGCGACAAGACUCAGGUUGACCUCAUCUUUGCCAACGUCAACCCUGAGGACAUUCUCAUGAAGGACGAACUCGACCGCAUGGCCCGUGAGGACAGUGGCUUCAGAGUUCACUACGUCCUCAACAACCCCCCUGAGGGUUGGACUGGUGGUGUUGGCUUCGUGACUCCUGAAAUGAUCAAGGCAAACUGCCCUGCCCCCGCACCUGACAUGAAGAUGCUCAUCUGUGGACCUCCUCCUAUGGUCGCUGCCAUGAAGAAGGCUGCCGAAAGUCUUGGCUACCAGAAGGCCAGACCUGUCAGCAAGCUCGAAGACCAGGUCUUCUGCUUCUAA